CCUCUGCCUGACUCGUGCAGGAGCAGGAAGUGAAGUUAAGUGACAGGUUGAUUUGUUCCCUCCACUAGACACCUUAAUGUGGGAUACUUUAGCUAGAACCUUCUUACUUAAACACAGUUUUUAAAAGUAAUGAGGGGAACAGUUUGGGUCUGAAGCUGGUGAGGCUGAAAGUUGGCUGGAUGAAAGUGUGAAACAGAAGAAUCUGAGUUUGGGAAUGACGCGUGCGCUGUGACUGCUGAAAGUGAAAGUGAAGCUGGCGACUGAGGAGAGACUUUACAGAAAAGACGAAAUGGCUUCUAAACAUGAAGAGGAUCUCACGUGUCCUGUGUGCUGUGACAUCUUCAAGGAUCCCGUCAUUUUAUCCUGUGCUCACAGUGUGUGUAAAGCCUGUCUGCAGCAGUUCUGGGAGAGCAAAGGAUCCAGAGAAUGUCCCUACUGCAGGAGAAAGUGCUCAAAAGAUUUAUAUCCUCCUAGCAAGGCAUUAAGGAACCUGUGUGAGACCUUCUUACAGGAGAGAAGUCAGAGAGCUUCAGCAGGGUCUGAGGUGCUCUGCAGUCUGCACAGUGAGAAACUCAAGCUCUUCUGUCUGGAUGAUAAACAGCCUGUGUGUUUGGUGUGUAGAGACUCCAAAAACCACACUGGCCAUAAAUUCCAUCCUAUAGAUGAAGCAACUCUUGACUGUAAGGAGGAGCUCAAGAUCAAACUGCAGCUCUUACUGGAGAACAAGAAGACUUUGGAGGAGGCUAAAGUGACCUGUGAUAAAACAGCAAAACACAUCAAGACUCAGGCCCAUCACACAGAGAAGCAGAUCAAGGAGGAGUUUGUGAAGCUUCACCAGUUUCUACGAGAUGAAGAGGCAGCCAGGAUAGCUGCACUGAGGGAGGAAGAGGAGCAGAAGAGUCAGAUGAUGAAGGAGAAGAUUGAGAAGAUGAGCAGAGAGAUCUUAUCUCUUUCAUACACAAUCAGAGCCAUGGAAGAAGAGAUUGGAGCUGAUGACAUCACAUUACUGCAGAGCUACACAUCUCCUGUGACUCUGGAUCCCAACACUGCAAAAUCCAAUCUCAUCCUGUCUGAGGAUCUGACCAGUGUGAAAUGGGGUGAUGAGAGGCAGCAGCUUCCUGAUAACCCAGAGAGAUUUGAUCACUUUGCCAGUGCCCUGGGCUCUGAGGGCUUUAACUCAGGGACUCACUGCUGGGAUGUGGAGGUUGGAGAGAACACACAGUGGAGUGUGGGUGUGAUGACAGAGUCUCUCCAGAGGAAGGGAGACUACACCUCCACAAGUGGAUGGUGGUGUGUUGGGUGUAAUGAUGAUAUAUAUGGAGCAUGUGCUACACCACAGACCCUCACUCUCCUCACAGUGAAGCAGAAACUCCAGAGGAUCAGAGUGCAGCUGGACUGGGACAGAGGAGAGCUGUCAUUCUCUGACCCUGAUAAUAACACCCACCUACACACUCUCACACACACUUUCACUGAAAGAGUGUUUCCGUACUUUAAUGGCUGUCGGAUGUCUCCUCUGAGGAUCUUACCAGUGAAGGUUUCAGUAACAGUAGAGCAGCCCAGUCACAUUGCUAAAACUAGUUAUCUAAAAACCAUGAGAAUUAUUCAUUUUCUAUUAAGAUAAACAAAAAAAUCUAGUUUGUUUUGUUUUAGUAUAAAGAAAUUUAGCAAUUUCUCGUUAAAUCAUUUGACUCCAUUUAAAAAGAGUUAUUUUAAGACGUCUCAUCAUGAAAACAAGGAAAUUUGGCUGCCAGUGCUUUAAGCAAAUUUGUCUUAAAAACAAGCCAACUUGGUUGCCAGUAUAUUAGCCAACUUUGUCUUGAUAAGACGUCUGGUCCCCCGGCGGUGGAGCGAUCGGCCAAGUGUCAUCAGAGCAGGGGCAUUCGUCUCUCUCUUCGAAAAACUCUUGAAGAUGCAACUCUUCCAAUACCUCCUCUCCUAGCACUUCUGACAACCUUAUACACACCUGAUGCACACUUGCCGUGCUCUUCCCUCUCUCUCCCCUCCUCAACUUCCUUUUUCUCCACUUCCUUCUCUUCCCCUCUCUACCUCCUUCCUCUACCACUUUCUCCUCCUACCACACUGUAUUAGUAUGUAUAAAGUAGGCUCUCCUAUCCUCUAGUGUUGACAGAUGCAGUGGUAAUUCCUUGCUAAGGCAUCGUCUUCUGGCUACUUUAAUUUUGUUCAGAAUUGUCUGAUAUGUUGAAUAUCCUCUAAAAUAAUUGCUGGUGUUUUGCCAUUUAUUACUCUAUGACAGUGUUUCUAUGUUGCAGAUUUGUUGCAUGCAGGCAUUUUGAUGAUGUUUUUGGAUCUAUGUUUUUCUGCACUGCUGCAACAAGCACAUUAAAAUAUCACCACUGCAGUGAA